ACGGACUGUGUGUCUCACCCAUGACACAGGGUGCCCCGGCACACUAACGGGGUCCUGAAAAACCCACUUACGGAACUGAAGCAAAGGGAAUUCCAUUUCGCACGAAUGAGCGCGGUUUCACACGGUCUCACGGGAGCGUGCGCAGAGAGCGGCCGCCAGGAGGCGAUGGUGUGCGCAUGACGUGUCCUCCCCAAGCCCGGCCCCCGGCGGCGCCCUCUAAACACGUCCUUCCGCUGGAUGCCUUCUCUUUUCUCUUGUCCGCCAUCCUAUGUGGUGCUGGAUUUGCUCCUCGCCAUGUCUUCUCACAAGACUUUCAGGAUCAAGCGAUUCCUGGCCAAGAAACAAAAGCAGAAUCGCCCCAUUCCUCAAUGGAUUCGAAUGAAAACUGGUAAUAAAAUCAGGUACAACUCUAAGAGAAGACAUUGGAGAAGAACCAAGCUGGGUCUAUAACGAGCCUCACAUAUGAAGUGUCACACAUGAUCAAAACACCAAUAGUGUCUGGAACGUCUGCCUGCGUUUUAUGCUCUCCUCUUUUCUUGAUCUUUCUUCAUCACUGCCCACUGUGUAGCUCAGUAAUAAACAGGUGAACCUUUUGUUGGAA